UGGAGGAGGAAACGCUGUUAACGAGGGAGAGCGGAGAAGGAGAGACGGGCGAGGUGAGCAGACUCGUGUGGGGCUACGCAGGAAGUGAACUCUUGGAGGAGGCGCGGCGGCUGGGCUGCCUCGCCGCCCCCAUGGUGGCCGUGACUCUGUCGCAGUUCCUGGUGCCGGUGAUCUCCAGCAUGAUGGUGGGCCACCUGGGCGAGGUUGAACUCGCCGGAGCCGCCAUCGCCACUUCCCUCGCAAGCGUCACCGGCUUCAGCCUCCUCGUAGGAAUGGCAAGUGCUCUGGAAACCUUAUGCGGCCAAGCCUAUGGAGCAGAACAGUACCAGAUGUUAGGAGUCCAAACCUGGAGAGCCAUACUCUCUCUUUUAGUGGUCUGCUUUCCAGUCUCUCUCAUAUGGGUCUCAAUGGAAAAGCUUCUUCUCUUAAUGGGUCAAGACCCCUUAAUAUCUCAAGUAGCUGGAAGAUAUGCUAUGUGGAUGAUUCCUGGCCUGUUUGCCUAUGCCUUUGCUCAACCUCUAAUGAAGUUUCUUCAGUCUCAAAGCCUACUUCUUCCUAUGCUCCUAAGCUCUCUGCUGACAUUGUGCCUUCAUGUCCCUCUAUGCUGGAUGCUUGUGUUCAAGUCAGGCUUACGUAAUGUUGGAGCUGCACUCUCGAUAAAUAUAUCAUACUGGUUGAAUGUAUUUAUACUGGUGAUGUACAUAAGGUACUCGGCUUCCUGCAGAGCGACUCGCGCACCAAUCUCAAAGGAGGCAUUUCGAGGCAUUAAUGAGUUCUUACGUCUGGCACUACCAUCAGCACUGAUGAUAUGUCUUGAGUGGUGGUCUUUUGAGAUUCUUGUCUUGCUUUCGGGUCUCUUGCCAAAUGCAAAGCUCGAAACUUCUGUCCUUUCCAUUUGCCUCAAUAGCAUCUCAUUGCUUUACUGCAUACCGUAUGGGCUUAGUUGUGCUGCAAGUACUCGAGUCUCGAAUGAAUUAGGAGCUUGGAAUCCGAAAGAAGCUCAGUUAGCAGUACGUGUCUCAAUGUUUCUUGCUGUUUCUGAGGCUGUGCUUGUGAGUGUGACUCUGCUAGCUGCACGCCACAUCCUUGGUUAUGCUUACAGCGAGGAGGAGGAGGUGGUAAAUUAUGUUACUGAAAUGGUUCCUCUGUUUUGCUUCUCGGUAGUUUCUGACAAUCUACAAGGGGUGCUCUCAGGCAUUGCUAGAGGAUGUGGAUGGCAGCACUUGGGUGCUUAUGUCAACCUUGGAGCCUUUUAUUUGGUUGGUAUUCCGGCAGCUGUUGUUUUGGGUUUCCUAUUGCAUGGAGGAGGAAAAGGCCUUUGGAUUGGUAUACUGUGCGGAUCGACAACACAGACUGUCCUCCUUGUGCUGAUAACAUGCUUCACAAACUGGCGACGUCAGGCAAUCAUCGCGAGAGAGCGAAUAUUCUAUGAAAGGUUACCCUUGCAGAAUGGAUUGCAGUGAGGCAGCUACCGAGUAUUAUUUCAACUUGUGAGGAAACAAAUGACUGACUUAGCUACUCUGCA